UAGAAACCCGCGUCCCUUUCGUUUGCGCGACCGGUGGCCGGGCUUCCCCACCCCUCUCUUCCGCCCCUCCACCAUCCUUUCAACCGCCUCCCUCCAAACCCCAAUUCCCCUCUCCUCCCCUUCUCCCGAUUCCAAUCCGAUCCCUUGGGCCACCGCCCGUCAAUCCUAUUCGCCUCUUGGAAGAACCGCCCGACGAGCACGAGAUGGUGAAGAACAAGCAGCACGACAUCGAGGCUGGGGUGGGCGGCGGCGCUCUAUACCCCAACAUGAUGGAGAACCCACAGAUUCGGUGGGCCUUCGUUCGAAAGGUCUACACCAUCGUCGUCAUCCAGAUUCUGCUCACCAUCGCUGUCGCCUGCGUCGUCAUCUUUGUCCCAGCCAUCUCCCGCUUCCUCCUCGCCCAUACCCCUGCCUCAUUGGCCGUCUUUAUUCUAAUCAUCAUCGCGCCAUUCUUCGUUAUGUUGCCGAUGAUAUACUUCCGGCAGCGCCAUCCGAUAAAUCUGAUUCUCCUCAUGCUGUUCACGGUCUGCAUCAGCCUCACGGUCGGGUUGGCAUGCGCAACAAGGAGCGGAAAAGUUAUACUGGAAGCUGCAUCUCUGACGGUUGUUGUUGUUAUUGGGCUCACACUAUACACAUUCUGGGCUGCCAAAAGAGGCCAUGAUUUCAACUUCCUAGGGCCAUUCUUGUUUGCAGCCCUUCUGGUGUUGAUGAUAUACUGCUUCAUCCAGAUUUUCAUCCCAUUUGGAAAGGUCGGAACGACGAUCUAUGGGUGCUUGGCGGCGCUUAUUUUUUCUGGUUUCAUCAUCUACGACACCGACAACCUGAUCAAGCGCCACAGCUACGACGAUUAUGUCUGUGCUGCCAUUUCUCUGUAUCUUGACAUCGUCAACCUUUUCAUGGCUCUGCUCACAGCCUUCGGUGCUAGUGAUUCAUGAGCAGCUCGACGCCUCCAUUAAUGGCUCUGUUAACAGCCUUUAGUGCUAGUGAUUCAUGAGCAGUUCGACACCUCUAUCGGGCUUCUUCCUACCUUCAACUGCCAUGGAUACCGAACCUUAUAUAAGUGCAUAGUCUUCAAGUUGAUCAUGAUAACAGUUUUUGCCUGUAUGCUUUAACAUAACUGUAAUCAAAUUGUAAUGUGGUUCUGAGAGUGGCCUUGUAGUUAUGGACGGUCUUUGAAUUGAAAUACUGUAUUGCUAUGGAAGAGGGUAUUAUAAUUUUA